UCUAAUUUGAGGACAUUUUACUUUCUAUUUCGAAAUUGUAUUAACGAUGAUGUUUUUGUUUAACUAAUCAGGUGAUUUAUAAAUAACCAUUUUCUGCCACUCAGUAAAAGCCUAAUUUAAUCCUGUACCGUCCAAAACAAAUCAGUUGUAUCUCGAAUUAUGAACAUCAAGUAUUAAGCCAAAACAUGUCACAUCAGUUUAUGAACGGUGGUCUCCCUAUACCAGCAGGUCAUGGGAACCAGCAAACUGGUCCAGGGAGCCAGGGGAACAGAAGUAUGAUAUCUCCCUCAUCCGGAAGCUCAUUCUCAGUGUUGUCUAAUCAGACGGGUCAGAGUAACAAUGGACUUAUAAGUCCACUACAGAAUGGCACACAAUCAUCCUUCACAGAUGUGUCAUUGGAGCAGGCUAUGGAGAAAGUACAGGAACUUGCAACUGAAAAUGCAACUUUGCGAGAGUACCUGAAAGAGAAUAAUGAGAACAUGAAGAGACAGUUCCAGAUGUUGUUACAAUGGAAGGAGAAAGUGAGAGAAAGUAACAGACAGAAUCUGCUUCGCUUUGAGCAAUUGCACAGACAGAUCAAUGUUUUGAAAUUAGAGAAUGAAAAAUAUAAACAGGUGUUAGAUUCUCCUGAUAGAGAGGGAUCUGUAUUGGAAGAAUUACAGUCACGUAUUCGCGAUCUGGAAGAAGAAAAGUUCAGUUUGGAGAAAAAGAUGCUUGAAGAACGUCAAAAAGUGGAGAACUUAAAGUCAGAGUUGAUUAAUAAGUCACCAGAUACUGAAACAGCACUUGUAAGUACAGCAGCAGACGAAUCAGAAGUUGAAGGGUAUAAAAAACGUUGUAUGGAACUUGCAAGCCAAGUGCACAAUUUUCAUCAGCAAAAUGAACAGUUACUACAAGACCUGCAGCAUGUAAAUACGCUAAAAGUUCAAAUACAGACUGAAAAUGUGACCUUGAAUGAGCAAAAUCUUGUGUUACAGAAACAAUUGCAAGGAUUAUUCGGUGAUAUAAAUAAAACACGUUACUCUGUCGGGCCUGGUGCACAGGAAAUAGGCAAGAACAUUGAUACGGGCCCCAGCAAUAAUUCAGAAAAUAGUGAAAGGAAGGAAACCGAAAGUUCAAUAACAUCAAGAACUGAUAUUGAAAUACUGGCCAUGCAGACUGCUGCGGCAGAUCGCCAGACUAGUAUGAACGAGGAAUUCAUGUCGGGUAUUGCCGAGGAACUUAAAGAAAAAUUACAGAUAGAAAAAGAAAGAACUUCGAAGCAGACUCAGAAACUUAGCAGUCAAGAAGUAGAGAUAACACGAUUACAAAGUCAGUUGAGUGAGAGAGAACAGAUGUUAGGUCAUUAUAAAGAACAGCUUGACUCACAGAUAGCACACAUUACACAGGAACAUAAACGCCAACAGCAAGAUCUUCUCCGACAGCUAGACAUGCUCAACUCUGAGCUCCAACAGACAAAAAGUUCACUGCCAUACCAGGGUGAUGUCCAGAACCUAAAGUCACAGGUAAUGACAUUGAUAAAGGAAAGCCAAGAAUUAUCAGUAAAACUUGAUGUGUCAGCCAAAGCAUUGGACAAAAAAUCAGCAAGGGUAGUUGAAUUAGAGCAACAUGUGUGUAGGCGAGAGGAGGACUUCCAGCAGUCACGUAGAGAAAUGGACAGUAUCGUACAGCAGUUGAAGUACUCGCUGAGUACAUCUGAGGAUACCAUCAACCGAGAGAGAAGAGAACACGCCACUACUAAAAAACAAUUGAUGGAAUUGAGAGCUUCCUUUAACCAAUUAGUGAAUGAUUACAAGGAAUUACUGGAUACAUUUGAUGAAUAUAAAGCAGCACAGCAACAUCAACAGCCUGGAACUCAGAAUAAACAAAUGAUGGAUGAGAUAAACAGACUAACGGCCCAGACGAUUGCAGCAGAGGAGGCAAUUACAUACAGAGAUGAACAGAUAAAAGAGUUAAAAACUGAGAAUGCUAGAUUAAAAGAUGACAUUGAUAAUACAAUACCUGUACUUAGAGCCCAGGCUGAUUUAUGGAAGCAGGACUUUGAUGCAGAAAGAUAUGCCAGGGAGAGGCAGGUAGCUGAGAAAGAGAGUAUUUUACAGGAAAUGAGAAAUUUAGAACUAAAAAAUCAGCAGUUAAUUGAUGAACUUGAGAGUUACUCACGUAAAUCGCUUGCUGAAAUGCAGCGCCGACAUGCGGCACCUUCCUACCAACAACAAUUGCAAAGUCACUUACAGCCUGGGAACCAGGGGCCGCCACUAGGAUAUUAUCAGCCAACCCAAACUCCUGGGCAACAACCACAACAGACGUCACCAAGAGCAGGGUACCAGUAUGGCUCUAAUAUAGCAUAUUCUCCACCACAACCCGUGGAGCAUGCAAGUGGUGAUGACACGGCCCAGCGUCCGCAAGAUAACGUUCCUCAGCCAACACAGUUAACACAGCCAACGUCUCACAGCAGUAGCAGCAGUCAUCAAGAAGAGGGAGAUAAUCCAUUAACAUGUCCUAAAUGUGGCAUCCCUUGUCCUGAUUUAGACUCGCUUCAAAUACAUGUCCUAGAUUGUCUUGAUAACUAAACAAUUCUUGUUGCUAGUGACAUUUACAUUUCAAUAGUAGACUGCUUGUAGUGUAUAUGGGACAUUUUAUACCAACACAAAUAUAAGAUUUGAGUGCAUAUCACUAAAACUGAAAUGAUUACAGAAAUUUAGGAUGUACGACACUAACUAGAGUGUCCAUGUCUACGUCAAAAAGGAAUCAAAAGGGAAAAGAAAACAUGCACAAAUUCAAUUUCUAGUCUCAGUGUCAGUUCAUCACUUUUGUCCAUUUCGUACAAUUCUCUUGGUUUCACAAAUUAUUCAGGAUGCUUGUGCAGUUCCACAACAAGUAAAUGGUAUUCUUCAAAGUUGUUUUUCAUUUUAUUAAUCACUUGUGCACAUUUUAUUUUCAACAGGUACAUGUAUGUUGGUGAUUUUUGUACAAUUAAAUAUCCAAGCAAAAUUUAUAUCAGCAUCAUGCAUUAUAUGUAUUUCUACAUACACGAUAUACUUGUUCCAGUAGAUAAUACAUGUACAUACUUUCACCAAGAUAUUUGCAUCGAAAAUUGGCAUAUAAAUGAAAACACUAAAUAACUACCAAAAAACAGCCACAUCUUGGUUUUGUUUCGAUUUUGGUUUAUUUUCCUUUCGGUUUCGGGGUAUGUGAAACAGCCUUUAAUAUGAUUAUUAUACAUCAUUUCAGAAAUAAUUAAGAUGAUGGACUUUGUCCAUUUUGGUCAGUGAAGGGAAAACUGACAUAAGUGUGAUUAUUUUAGACAUAUAAUUUGGCAUAAAGUUGAAUGAAGUUAAGAAUAUUUUGUAGAAGUGUUAUUUCAUUUUCACAAUAAAUUUGCAAAGAUUAUAGUGCUAUUAAAAGCAUUAUAUAUUGUUCUCUCUGGAAAGUGACUCAUGUUGUGAUUAUAGGUAAAACAUCUUGCAUAUCAGCUUUUAAAAAAUCUACAUUUGUGCAAAUUUAAGUGAACAUUGUAACAUUAGCUGUCUAGAGUAUAGAAAGUUUGCUAAAGGGAUGGGAGCUUCUUGCAUUUCUGACUUAGUGAAGAAUUUGAAACAGAGUAUAGAAAGUUCGCUAAAGGGAUGACUGCUUCUUGCAUUUCUGACUUAAUGAAGAUAUGAAGAUUUUGAAACAGAGUAUAGAAAGUUUGCUAAAGGGAUGAGUGCUUCUUGCAUUUCUGACUUAAUGAAGAUUUUGAAACAGAGUAUAGAAAGUUUGCUAAAGGGGUGAGUGCUUCUUGCAUUUCUGACAUCCAUGAAGAUUUUGAAACAAAUUUGAAACAAAGUUUUGUGUUCAAUAGAUUUUUAGGUUAAGAUUAACAGCUUGAUUGUCAUUGUCACAUGACUUUUUUUGCCAAGUUCUGUUAUAAUUGUGUUUGCGCAAAUCAUUGUAUACAUGUUUUUUAAAUAGUUAAGAGGAAAAUUGAGUGCUUACAAAAGGUUGAUAUUCGAUUCACCAGUGCCAUUAAUGUCUUUUUCAUCAAUUUAUAUAUAUAUAUAUAUAUAUAUAUAUAUAUAUAUAUAUAUAUAUAUAUAUACAGCUCAUCUGAGCACAAAGUGCGUGGGAUGAGCUACUGUGAUCACUCCCUGCCAUCCGUGCAUCCGCACUUUUCUUCAAGUGACAUCUCUGAAAUCUUGUGAUGAAACUUUGCUAGGAUGUUCUUUGGGUGGUCUUCGUUCAAAGUUGUUCAAAUCUUUCCACUUGGUUGCACAUACGGGCCAGAACAGCUAAAAAUAAAAUAUCUUCAAACAACAUCUUUUAAACUGCUAGUCUGAUUUUGAAAAAAAAUAGACACAAAUGGCGCUUGUGUGACCCUCUACCAAGAAUGUCAAAAUUAUUCUGAUUCAUCAAAAAAAAAUGUGGCUGCCACAAAGUGAGGUCACUUUUUCAUAUAUUAUGUAUAUCAAGUGAAGCCAUCGUGGACCUCUAGUCUUCAUUUUAAAGUACGGUAAAACAACAAUUUCUCGAGGUUUUGCAAGAAGAUGAGCAAAAAUGAAACAAUCCAAUAUAUGGAAAAUCUUUAGAACGGCUUGAAUCGCUUGGGUGGGCCUGGUACAUGAGCCAGCAGUGUGUCCUUGUAUUAAUAUUGUACAUCUUUUUCAAAUAUGUUUUAUUUGGGUCUUUUGAAAUUAAGGGUUAUUUUAAUAAUCCUAUGAAAGAACUGGUGAAUCAAAUAGUAUGACUUUGUAUAUUUACACUACAUGUUGUUCUUCUGCAGUUUUGACAAUGACUCAUAAUUCAUAAUAUAUAUUUGGCUGAAUGUGCAAUAACGAGUAUCACCAAAUGAAACUUACAUGUAGUAAAACAAACAUUUGAGAAAACCAACAUAGUGGCAUUGUGACCAGCAUGGAUCCAGACCAGCAUCCGCACAGUCUGGUCAGGAUCCAUGCUGUUCGCUUUCAAAGCCAAUUGCAAUUAGAAAAACUGUUAGCGAACAGCAUGGAUCCUGACCAGACUGCGGAUGCAAAGCCACUAUGUUGGUUUUCACAUGGCACGGCUCAUUUGUUUAGGUUAGGUCAUUUUCUAUUAAGUUUUGAUUGUUACUGUGCAUUUGUUACUAUGUAUUUGUGUUGUAUUAGAUCUAUAGCCAUUAUCCACUAUUUUUGAUAAUUCACGAAAUUGAUUAACACUGAUAAAAAUAUAUAAUUUAUACAGUUUAUUAUAUAAUAUCCCCUAAAAUUAUACUUUAAGAUUAACAAGUGUAAGCCAAAGCUGUUAGUAGUAUUUAACUGGAAAACCAUCUUGUUUUGUUUAUGUUAAUUAAGCUAAAAUAAAUUGAUGUUGGCAAAAGCUAAUGCUUCUUUCCAAUACAGUCAAACUUGUCUUAAGCAGCCAGUAAAGGGAAGAAGAGAAAGUGCCCUUUUAAGACAGAUUGUUGCUUGAUACAAGUUAAUUUGCUUUGAUAUAAAAAUGGGAAAUACAGUGAAACACCGCUUGCUCGAGGUCGCAAGGGGAUGAGCAAAAUGCUCGUGUUAUCCAUGGUUUCGAGCGACCCAAACAUUGACCAACAUACGAAGAAAAUUGAAGUUUGUUUUACCAAAUAAUUGUCAUCGAGAACAUUUGCAGAGGAAACGGUGAUGCGUAAUAAUAACACACUCAUGACAUUUUCAAAAAAAGUAUUACAAACGUUAUUUAUGAUAGAUCGUAAAUGGCACAUGUGAAGAAACAGCUAAGACAUUUUAUUUUUAUGUAUUUUUUAUUUGAAAUACUGUAAUCAAAUUCGCAAUUUUCUUCUCCAAAUUAAGAUCUCAUAAUUAUCGUCUCAGUUUUAUGAAAAGGUUAUCUUAUUUCCUUUAUUUGCAUGCAAACAACUGUUGAUUAAAAUAUUAAGACCUCAUAAUUAUCUCCUCGAUCCCGCAGAAAAAAAUAAAUAAUAAACAACAUUUUUUUUUUUGAUAAGUAAAAUUUUUCUUCCACCUUUCAUCAAUAAUUAAUCUUAUUAUCAGGUCAAAUAUACCGACAAACAAACAUUUAAGAUAGUCGGGGAAUAGACCAUGCAAUUCUCACGGCGUGCGAAAAUUUUAAAUUAACCGAUACAUUCUGACCGCCGAAGGUGUGGAAAAUUUUGACACCUCUGCUCGAGUUUGCCAUAAGCAACAAAGAGUAAAUUAAUACACAGGGGCCAGGUGUCAUGCUCGAGCGAUCGAGUUAUCGAUGCUCGACCCAGCCAUGGAAGUUUCACAUAGAAAAUAGAAGGAAAUCGGCCGGGACCACAUGAAUUGCUCGAGCGAGCCCGGGUGCUCGAGUCAUUGAUGCUCGAGCGAGCGGUGUUUCACUGUAUAGCAAAUGCAGCUGCUUAGAACAAGUGGCUGGUUAAAAGAAGUGACCACUUGCAGAGGUUUUACUGUAGCCUGUCUGGUAGAGUCCAUUGACUGUUCAUCAGGAUAUUAAAAGAGCUUCAUCACUGGGCAACAGGAAUGUUCUUUGUUAGAUCUGACUAAAGACAAUGAUUCUUAUGCCAUUCCUCCUUGCUCUCUGAUUUAGUGUAGGUAUGUCAUUCCUCCUUGCCCUCUGAUUUAGUGGAGGGAAGUUGUUGAAUACUUAAAAUUUAGCCUGCUAAAUUAAAAAAAAAAAUGGACUGGUCCAUCAUUCAGUUCGGGCGAUACCAUUUCUUAUUCGAAGGGAUGUUCAAUGAAAAUUUCCUGACUGAAUAGCGAACAGUGCAGACCAUGAUCAGCCUGCAUUGUUCUUUGUCUGCACUGGUUGCAAAGGCAGAAUCACUUGCCACCAGCAGGGUAACGGUUAAAGAGAACUGUUCAGUACUGGUGUUAAGUCAUUGGUAAUGUUUCUUGCCUAAGAUAUUGUUGAAAAAAAAGCAAAGGCUGUGAAAACUCAAAUUAGACAAAUAAGCACAUACUUUAAAAUAAUUUUCAAGUAAGCAUAUAUUUCAUAUUCCCAAAAUUUCAUGAAUUCUGAUGUACACAGAUUUUGUUUGUUUAUUUAAGAAAUUAGACUGUGAUAAAUGUCCAUUGUUAUUUUAUAAUGUAAAUGUACAUUAAAUACUUAAUGACUGAAAAACCUCUUAUGUUCAUAGAUAAAAGAUUAUUUUCUGUAUUGUUGAGUUUUAAUGUAACUUGCAAAUACUAGUUAUUGGGUAUGAUAUAGUUUUUCUUGAUAAAUAAUCUAUACUUCUUUUGAGCCACGCCCUGAGGAAACUAACUUAGUGCGUUUGCGACCAGCAUGUAUCCAGACCAGCUUGCGCAUCCACCCAAUCUGGUCAGGAUCCAUGCUGUUCUCUUUCAAAGCCUAUUGCAAUUAGAGAAACCGUUGGCAAACAGCAUGGAUCCUGACCAGACUGCGUGGAUGCACAGGCUGGCCUGGAUCCAUGCUGGUCGCAAAUGCACUUUGUUGGUUUUCUCAUGGUACAGCUCUUUUAUAUUUCUCAAUGUAAAGAAACUAUAAACUAGAUAUUCUAAGUGUGACUUUUGUUUCACUAUUUCAUAUACAUUAGACACAUUCAUUGUAUCAAGAAUUCACAUUUCAUGGUUGUAGUUCUGAAUUGAAUGCAGGGUAUUAUUUGGGAAUGUUUUGAAUUUGCAUGUCACUCAGUUUUCAAAAAAUUGUUAAAAUAAAUCCUAGGAAUUAUGUCUCCCACCACACAGUGGUGUGGGAGAUGUAUUGAUUUACUCCUGUCUGUGUGUAUGUCUGUCACAAAACUUGUAUGCACUCUAAGUUGAACAUUUCUCAUCCGAUCUUCACCAAACUUAAACAAAAUGUGUUUGACCACAAGACCUCGGCCAAGUUCGAUAACUAGCCAAAUUGGCCAAGGCACUUCGGAAUUAUGGCCCUUGAACAUAAUUACCAACACUACCGAUACAGCAUUGUAGACUGGAUACUCCAACAUGUGAAUACCAAUAAGCCACAAACAGUAUAUAGUGUGCAACCUACUUUUUUGACCAAUCAGAGAGAGUUAUUUUUUAAAAAAAGUGACUUCUUAUUCCUGAAGACCAAUGUGACUAGCAGUAAUUUUUGAAGAACAGCUCUACACGCUGAAGAGCGCCGACACGGUUGACUCUGCAAUUCUCAUUGGUCAAACUUAGAUUUCACACUAUGUCAGAUAGAGUCCAUGAAGAGAAUUCUUUGAGAAAAAGAACCCUCGGUCGGUCACUCCUCUAUGCUCCGUUUCCCUCCCUAUCGGUUUCUUUUUCAUGAAGAAUUCACUUCAUAAACUAUCUAUAACACAAAGACAGACUUACUAUUCAGAUGAUUAGGCAGUUGUGGGAGACAUGCGCUUUUCUCAAAAGCACCUCUAGUUUAAUGAUAUUUUCACCCAAGCUGUUUUCAAGUUUCUUAUAAAAAGCAGUAGAAGCUUUUAAAACGUGUUGGAAGUUUAGUGAAAAAGUUUGAUAAUAGCUUUUAAUUUUCACACAUUAAUUCAAAUUGUUAGUGCAGUUAAAAAACCUGAUUAUUGUUUGUAUUCAUUAAUGUAAAUAAAUCAUAUGAAUGUUAACAUAAAUAAAUUAUGUGAAACUUGUGUUUAAUGGUGUCCUUUUUAUUGCCAAUAUAAAUUAUGUGAAACUUG